ACACACACACCCCGCUAGUCUGCAUCUUCUUCCAGUCUGAGGGCAAGGCCCAGGACGCAUGUCCACCUCUACAGAAAGUCCUGGAAACAUCCUGGAAUGGGACAGCAGGCCUCUAGGAUUCCGGAACAGAGGGGCCCAGGAAGCCCGACCAGUCAGGCAGGCCACGUCAGCCCCGCCCUCACCACCCAGGCUCCCCAGCCAGGCAGUCAGAGGUUGCUGCCUGCCGGCCUCACACGCGCAGGCAGAUCCUGGAGGGCUCCCAGAGGGCAGCGGCUCCUGGCACCACUCCCACCUCUGCCGCUGGGGCCAAUCCAGCUGCUGGGGCCAGGGGGGUCAGGCAGAGCCUGAAAGCUGUGGGCCUGCAGUGGUGUCACUUGGAGACUGAGAAAGGAGGUCGCUGCAGGUGCAAGGUUCUGAAGAGACUCGAAGAAACUGACAGAUCCGGAUGGCCACCAUUGAUGAGAGAAUGGUCUCCAGACCCCAGGGAUCUGGCCGGGGGCACCAGGGGAGAAGGACCUGCCUGGGCUCCCUGGAUGACCUGCCGUGCGAGGGGACUCAGGAGCUGGCACCAGCUCAGCUGGCCAUGCUGAGGAGGGCACAGGAAUUCUUUCAGACCUGUGACACUGAGGGCAAGGGCUUCAUCGCCCGGGCAGAUAUGCAGAGACUCCAUAAGGAGCUGCCCCUCAGCUUGGAGGACCUGGAGGAUGUAUUUGACGCCCUGGAUGCUGAUGGCAAUGGCUUUCUGACCCCAGAGGAGUUCACCACUGGAUUUAGUCACUUCUUCUUCAGCCAGAAUAACCCAAGUCAGGAAGAUGCAGGUACGCAGCCAGCCCAGCUCCAGGAGGAGAAGGUGUAUCAGAGCAGAGGGGACGAGGACCUGGGCGACAUGGACAAAGAUGAAGAAGCCCAGUUCCAGACCCUCAUGGACAGACUUGGAGCCCAGAAGGUUUUGGAAGAUGAAGCUGAUGUCAAGCAGCUCUGGCUGCAGCUCAAGAAGGAUGAGCCUCACUUACUGUCCAACUUUGAGGAUUUCCUGACCAGAAUCUUCUCACAGCUCCUAGAAGCCCACGAGGAGAAGAAUGAGCUGGAGUGCGCCCUGAAAAAGAAAAUCGCUGCCUAUGAUGAAGAAAUCCAGCACCUCUACGAGGAGAUGGAACAGCAAAUCAAAACUGAGAAGGAGCAGUUUCUCCUAAAGGACACGGAGAGGUUCCGGGCCCGCAGUCAGGAGCUAGAGCGGAAGCUGCUCUCAAAGGAGCAGGAGCUGGAACAGCUGGUCCAGAAGCAGAAGCGGCUGGAAGGCCAGUGCACUGCCCUGCACAGUGACAAGCACAAGACCAAGGCUGAGAACACCAAGCUGAGACUCACCAACCAGGAGCUGGCGCGGGAGCUGGAACGGACAUCCCGGGAGCUCCAGGACGCCCAGCAGCAGCUGGAGAGCCUCCGGCAAGAGGCCCACAAGCUCCACCAGGAGAAGGAGAUGGAAGUGUACCGCGUCACCGAGAGUCUGCAGCGGGAGAAGUCGGGGCUCCUGAAGCAGUUGGAUUUCCUGAGGGAAAGGAACAAGCAUCUCCGGGAUGAACAGGACAUACGCUUCCAGAAAGACAAGGCGGCCAGGGCAAACACAGCUGCUUCCAAGCCAAGCCGGAAGCAGAGAUCUGGCUCUGUGAUCGGCAAAUACGUGGACGGCACAGGGAUGCUCAGAAGCCAGUCAGAGGAGGAGGAAGAUGUAUUUGGCAUCCAGAGGCGGAGAAGCUCCCUGGGCCUGAGUGGGUGCCCCCUUCCAGAAGAGGAGCCAGGGCCCGGAGGACCACUCACCCGGCCGCUCCGCAGGAUCAUCUCCAUCGAAGAGGACCCGCUGCCCCAGCUGCUGGGGGGCGGCUUUCAGCAGCCACUGAGCAAAUGCUUGGAAGAAGAGGAGGCCUCCGGCCAGGGGGUGGAUAGACAAAGCGGACCUGCCCGACCUCUGGAACUCACACCCACGUCUCCCCGAGGGCAGCCCGUCGGAAAAGAAGCCCUGUCUGAGGAGGAAGGCUUCCCGUCCACCCCAGACCGGCUCUUCAGGAUCGUGUUCGUGGGCAACUCCUCCGUGGGGAAGACGUCCUUCCUGGGCCGGUUCUGUGAUGGCAGGUUCUCCCCAGGCUCGGCGGCCACUGUGGGCAUUGAUUACCGCGUGAAGACGGUGCGUGUGGACGACUCGCGGGUGGCCGUGCAGCUGUGGGACACGGCGGGGCAGGAGAGGUAUCGCUGCAUCACCCAGCAGUUCUUCCGGAAGGCGGACGGCGUCGUGGUCAUGUACGACCUCACAGCCAGACAGUCCUUCCUGGACGUGCGGCAGUGGCUGAGCAGCGUGGAGGAAGCUGUGGGAGACCGCAUUCCUGUUCUUCUGCUGGGCAACAAAAUUGACAACGAGAAAGAGCGGGAAGUGCCGCGGGGCCUGGGAGAGCAGCUGGCCAAGGAACACAACCUGACCUUCUACGAAUGCAGCGCCUAUUCUGGUCACAACGCGGAAGAGUCUGUGCUCCAUCUGGCCAGGAUCCUCAAGGAGCAAGAAGACACCGUGAGGGAAGACACCAUUCAGGUUGACCGCCCUGCCAAGAAGAAAGCCUGCUGUGGCUGAUAUGGGCCUCCCAGGACUCCCUCCGGGACCUGAGGCCACGGGGCCGCCCUGCCUCCUGCACAGGGGCUCCUGCGCGGAUGCCCCACCAGGACCCACUGGACCUUAGUCUCCAUCGGCGAUGGGCCCCCCACCACUGUGGAAAGAAAGCGCAACCCUGAGGAGAGCUGCUCUCCGGACGUCUCGGGGUCUCUCCCUCUCUUCUCUGUCUGGACCCAGGUGUCGCUUCCAUCCUUCUUUCUCCCCCAGCUUGGUUUCCUGGGGAAACGGACAGAUGGGCUUUUCCAGAAAAGCCACUCCGUGCCUUCUCCACCACCCUUCUCCCCACCCUGCCCUUAGGAGCCUGGCACUGAGGUUGCCAUGGCAACUGUGCAGGGCAGACUGGCAGCUUCCUGUAGGUCAAAGACACGGGACUGGGCAAUGCUGGGCGAUCGGUCCAGCCUCGGAGCCUGUUCUCUGGAUGCCAGUGGACACCCUUGGCAUGUGCUUCAUUGGUCUUGAGGUGCCCGUGUGUGCUCAGUCCAUCAAACUGAGAUACCUGCUUCCUGUUCCACCCUCACCCCGAGGGGACCUGCUCCUUCCCCAGCUUCAGGGCCCCUCCUUUCUCAGCAGCUGCCUGGCCUCUGUGUUUAUCCCUGUGGGUUCUUUGGAGCUGCGCCUUACAAAAGCCACAGCCUUCCUCCCCACCGCCCACCUGCUCCCCCGACUCCACAGGGUGGACUGUGGGUGAUAAAUGUACGCUGGGGUCAGGGAGUGGGCUGACCAACUGCUUAACUUUGGCGAGGAGAUGGAAAGAAAACCCGGGCAACAAGACCAGCUGCUGCAAAACAGAGCAACCAUGUCCGAGGGUAUCAGUAAGGUACAUAGAGCCGUGUAAAGCCAGUUUCUGAGUGUUUCUCAAAAUAGCUCUUCGCAAAUUGUACCUGACGAUUACUGGGGUAGAUUGACAGGCAGGCAGGGAGACCCAACUCGGGCCUGUAGUUACUGACUUCAUUUUAUUUUACUUUUCUAGAAAGCUAUAUUUUUUCAAGUGUGGCUGUGAUGUUGACAUUUGAGGGGUUCUGAGCAGGGAGCAAAGGGUAGCUGCCAGCUUCAGCACCCCUGUGACAGCCCCUGGACAGAGCACUUGGAUGAAGGACACUGAUCUGGGCUGGCGUGUGGUCCGGUCCUCUGGGUUCUGAGGUCCCAGCCCUUGGCAGCGCUCCAGCAUCACUGACUAGCAUCUGAGGCUGGCAAGGGCACUCUCACCCUGACUGGAAGCUUGGAGGCAAAGAUCAUAAACAUCACUGCCGCUGACCGUUCUAGGGCUAGACCCCGGCCCCACGUAGGAAAGUGGGUGAUGUCCACAUGCCGUUGGGGCAUGCAGGAAGGGAGGGGACAGAGAGAGGCUGCAAGCCACCAAGAAGACGAUUCAAGAAAGCUGCACACAGCCAGCUGGGCAGGGUAGGGGGCCGUCACUGGCCAAGAGCUCCCAAGGGUGUGCCUAUGGCCUCCUGCCCAGAUCGGCCAGAGGGUCAGAGACCACAGGCCACAGGCAAGCGCCAGCUUCCUUUGUCCAGGCUUUUCCCUCGUCCACCUUUGUAGGCACCUGGGAGCCCCUGGAGGAUGGGUGACAAGAGCCAGCACUGAGUGCCAGGAGGCACCCAGGAUCUUGAGCAGUCCAGCUCCCUCCUGAGCCCCCGUGGCAUCAGUAAUGUAAGGGCUUUGGGGGGCUCUUCCUGCUCAGAGGGCUUGUGUUCAUCAUCUGAUAGGCUCUGGCCCCAGCCCCAGUGUGGAGGGACUCACAGGAGGUCCUUGCCUUAGAGAGGGGGCUGCCAGUGUCUCACUAGUGAGAUGUCACCAGCAGUGUCUGCAUGUGCGUGUGUCUGUGUGUCUGUGUGUGUGCCUUUAUCCGCAGCCCCUCGUCCCUAGCUCAGGUUUCGACCCUAGUGCUUGGCCUUUCAGCCCGUGGGGUGAAUCCUCACCAGUCCUCAAGGAUCCAGGCAGAGAGAGGGGCAGGAAGGUGGUCAGGCCUCUGCGGCUCCCUUCUCCACCCCCACCUGAGAAAACAUGAUGUACGGGGACUUUGUAGAGACUCUGAGAACGUCCAUGCCCCCGGAUCUCAGUUGCCCCUUCCCUGCUAUUCCUUUAAAGCCACACUGUUGGACACCAGCCCGGCCCAGAGCCGAGCACAGGGCGUCAGCAAAGCCUCCCAGCUCUAGCCCCUUGCGGCAGGAAUAGCUCUGAGCAAGUCACUUAAGCAGGUUUCCUAUGUGUCUGUGGACAGGAGGUUUCCAUGUGGACCUCUGGGAACGCUUUGGGCACCAUGGGAGGCAGUACAUGUGAAGUGCCUGGAACACUUAGGUGCUGACAAGUAGGGGCUAUUGCCAUUGUCAGGGUCGAGCUUCUGCCCAGAACACUUGCCUCGCUUCGGUUUCAGAUUCAGCACCAGCCAACACUAAGCGUCUUCCCGUCACUGGGCACCUCCCAGACACCACCUUGCUUUUGUUUCUGCUUGUCUGGCUCUUUGCUCGACUCUGAGCUUGUGUCUGGUGUGACCUCCUGGCCCUGCCCAUCUUUGCCCUGUGGGCUUCCUGGUUUUCCACUCAGACCGCAUCCCACCACCUUCCCUCCCUGCCACGGUGCUCAGUGCUUACCCAGGGAUGCCCUGUGCUCGUCACCAUCCCUGGCCCCACGCUGGCCGCCCCCAUUCUGACUGCUUGGGCCUCUCCCGGGUCUGCUGCUGCCUCUGGCCACGAACUCUGGCACCAAACCAACACCCUGGUGGCUUUGCUCCUUGUCCAGGGCUCAUUUCCCCUUUGGGGUCUUUUCAGUUCCUCCUGGCUCUCUCCCACCUCUCCUCUGCCCUGUACUGCUCUUUCCCCAGUGUUCAUACCUCUGCCCGAUCUUGGACGCCCCUCCAGCCUCCCCUCGCCCAGGUCUGCUCCAGGCCACACCUCCGUCAUAGACAGCUCAACCCUUUGUUUCUGUCACUAGCAGGCCCUACUCCAAAGGAUCUUAAACCAGUUUCAGCUAAGGUGUUCAUGCCAGUGGUGUUCAGGGCCAUAUUUGUAUUUUAACAAAGAACUCUAAGAAAGGCAUACUUUAACCCAAAGGAGUGAAUCCCUAGUGGUAGACUAUUAAGCCCCAUAAUGGGUUAUGGGGUCAAAUACUUAAGACAGAGCUGCUUCUCCUACACUCCUCCUAAAGAUCACAGUUUGCCUCAGGUACUUUUGGGCUCCAAGUUCCUGGAUGCUUAUCGUUGUUUUGUCUUCCUGAUGGUUUGACCCUCUGUCAUCAUAAAACGUGCUUCUUUGUCUUUGGUCACAGUUUUUGCCUUAGAGGCUGUUUUGUCUGAUGUUAGUGUGGCCACUCCGGCCCUUUUGGUUGAUACAUCUUCUGAAUGGCAUGUCUUCUCUGCCCUUUUACCUUCAACCUAUUUGUGUCCUUGAAUCUAAAGUGGGUCUCUCAUAGACAGCAUGUAGAUGGAGUCCUGUUUUCCCUUCUUCCAGUCUCUGCCUUUUGAUUGGAGUGUUUAAUCUGUUUAUAUUUAAUGUGAUGGGUCAAGUAUGAUUUACGUCAGCCACUUUGCUAUUUCUGUAUUUCACGUGUCUUUUUUGUUCCUAUAUGUCUCCACUACUGCUUUCUUUUGUGUUAGUUAUUUUCUAGUGUACAAGUGCAAUUCUCUCGUAAUUUUAUUGACAAUGUGUAAUUUGUUUGUUUUCUUGGUGGUUGCCCCGAGGGUCACCAUUAAUAUCUCAGUUUGUUACAGUUUGGAUUAAUAAUGACUUAAUCCCAAUAGUAUAGAACAUUUAUUCCUAUAUAAUUCCAUUCCACCCUCCUUUUUGUUGUUGUUGUUAUAAACUACAUCUUUAUACAUUGUAUGCCCAUCAACAUGGAUUUUUAUUUAUUGUUUCAUGCAGUUGUCUUUUAAGUCGGAAAAAAGGAGUUGCAAAUGAAAAGCGUGUUUAUAUCGUCCUGGUCGGUGUCUUUCCUUUCACUGGUGCUUGUUAUUUCUUCAUGUUGAUUGAAGUUGCUAUUUAGUGCCCUUUAUUUCUGUAGUAGUUCUUGAAGGGCAAGUGUGCUAGAGACACACUCUCAAUUUUGUUUAUCCAGAAAUGUCUGAGUUAUCCUUCACUUUUAAAAGAUGGUUUGGCCAGAUAUAGAACCUUUGCCCGGCUGGCGGGGUUUCUUCCCCACCAGAACUUUGACAGUACCGUCCCGCUGUCCCUGGCCACCAUGUUUCUGAUGAGAAGCCAGCUGUUCAUCUUAUUAAGGAUCAUUUGCAUGUGAUGAGUUGCUCCUUCCUUGCUGCUUUCAAAGCUCUUUGUCUUUCAGUAGUUUGAUUCUUAUGGGUCUAGCAAUAGACCCCUUUGAGUUUAUCCUAUUUGCAGUUGGGCUGAGUUUCUUGAAUGUAGAAAUCAAUGGCUUUCAGCAAAUUUGGGGAGUUUGGGUUAUUAUUUCUUUAAGUAGUCUUUCUGCCCCUCUACCCCUCUGCCUUCCUUUUAGGACCCUGUUAUACAUAUAUUGGCAUGCUUAAUGGUCUCUCACAGGUUUCUGAGGCUCUGUUCAUUUUCCUUUAUUUUUUUAAAGUUGUGUUCCUAGGACUGGAUAAUCUCAAUCGCCUUUUCUUCAAGCCCACUAAUUCUUUCUUCUGCCUGCUCAGAUAUGCUAUCAGGACCCUCUAGUGAAUUUUUCACUGCACUUUUAGUGAAUUUUAUUAUUGUCCUCAUCAACCCCACCAUUUCUGUUUGCUUCUUCUUUUAUAAUUUUUGUCUCUUUAUUGAUGCUCUCUAUUUGGUGAGAUAUUAUUCUCAUGCUUCCCUUUAGUUAUUUAGACAUGGUUUCCUGUAGGUCUUUGAACAUGUUUUAGAUAGCUGAUUUACAGUUUCAAAGACCUCACGGUGGUAGCCAUCUGCCCUGUGCACAGAUCGAGCUCUGCUUACCAGCUCCUGCUGCCUUCCUUGCACUUCACCCAACAUAACCAGGACUCUGGUCUCAUUCCUUAGCCCCACCCAGAACCUCCUGCACAGGGUCUGUCUUCUCUUCUGGAUUGGAGGAGGACCUUAACAUCAGAAGUUGUUUCGAUCUGAGAAGCCCUCCCCUCCACCUGGAGCUUCUGGCCACCCUGCUGGACAUGAGCUGCUCAAGGACGUGUCCAGUUCCUUGGGGAAGUGAAGAGAGACCAGGGAUUCUCAGAUAGUUGUCCCCUUCCCGCCAGGAAUCCAGACAUUCCACAACGCUUCACUCACAAGGGACAGGUGUGGGAAGACUGCAAAUCAGAAGCUUAUUUUAAAAGUAGUUUAAUUACUUCAAAAUCGUGAAAUCAUAGUACAUAAGCAUACAAAACCCAAGACGUAAGUGACCUGUUGCUGACAGGCCCCAGGUGUCCUGCCAUCUUGCCGUCUCAUAGUCUGGGGAACAGAAGGUAGCUUUUCAAAUUCCAACCAACUCAGCCAAAAUCCAUAGUUAUGAGCCAUUCCCUCCCUCCUCAUCCUGGGGUGUGUGUCGGUGGGGAGGAAGUAGUGAUGUUGGCAGGAUAUGGGUGCUUUCUAAACCUCCCCACUUCCUAUUAAUGUUUCCAUUAAUAUACAUACUGAUCCUCAGCCGUGGCAAUAACAAAGAACAUCAUAACUCCACCCUUCACACAAUGCAGGGAAGUGAUGGGGUUUGGGAAGUCAUAUGGUGCUCGGCAGAGGACCUAAAGUCAAUGUGGAAACUGAGCAGCAUUGGAAUAGGCUGGGCUGCUUAUCAUCCCUGGACAGGACUGCGUCAGGGUCAAGGACUGGCUCCCUCAGGGGGCUGGACUUCAUCAGGGCUUUGGCUCUGAUUCAGAAGUGGUCCUUGCAGGUUCUUGUCACAGCACCAGGAAAGUCCACUGCCCAAAGUAUAAGGACUCCUAGGACCAGUGAGGCCUGUGCUGUUAUAAUGAACUAUGACUGGAUCCAUCUGACCUAUAACAGUAAAUAAUACACAUAAAAACACUGCGCUGCUGAUCACAAAUGCCCAAAGAACAUGGACAGAGAGAAUGGAAUCUCUUUUGACUCGAAAAGAAUUAAAACGUGGUACUCAAGGGGACUCAUAAUGAGUUUGGAUCAUGUGACCGUGGAACUGGGUACAUGCAGCAUGAGGUCAAGGGCAGAAGAUGGGGGUGCUGGUGCGACAUUUGGUUGAGGGUUGCCAGGCUGCUCUGUAAAAUUACUGAGUGGUGUUUAUACAGAGUAAGGGCACAAACAUCCAUCUCUGUGGCCUCAUGUUGGGUACACUGGCCAGCAGCGUUUGCCUAAAGACCCAGCUGAGAGCAGAACAUCACGAGCACCUGGUGGGUCACUCGGCUGGCCGCCUGGACCCUGGUGGCCUGGUAGACCCAUGGGGUGUGCCUGCUGGUUCCAAUGAGGAGCUGCUUCAAGCUUUAAAACGAAGUGUCCAGGAGCGUUCCGGCUGCCGAGGUAUGAUUGCCUUUCAGACUCUGUGCGGCCCAUCAGAGCGUCCCUCUCAUUGCCCUGAGCUGCCCCGGCUCCCGCUGGCAGUCAUCCAUGACCUACAGGCAGCUCGACAGCUCAAUUUGACUUGGGCUUCGUGCCUCUGAGCAUUAAAAGAUGCUUCCCUGCUGGCCCUCUUCUUUCCUUGUGUGGAACCAGCCACCUUCACCCAAGUGGUCCCCUCCCAAAUACUUUCUCUAAAGAUCUGUGCAGAGUGUGGACCUGCAGAUGUGUGUGUGGCCAUGGGCAGAAUCUGGACCCACUUGCUGCUCUGAGCCCCAGCUUCCCAGGCUGUAAAAGAGUUCUCUCUGCCCAGCUACACUCACCAGGCAUGGACGGGUCAAAAGAGAACUCUUGGGGACAGUGCUUAGUCAACCAAAAAGUUCCAGGCAAAUGUUAGUUAUUAUCUCUGUCUCUUGUGAAGAGAUCAGGACAAAACACAAUACGAAAGAGAGAAAUCUCACAUGCCUGGGUAACUGGGAGAAGCUGGGGUCUCGGGUAAGAGCAUUUCCUGUGUCUCUGGACAAAUAGAACAAGGAAACCCUGCAUUUCUCCAAGCUAGAGACUCCGUCUAAGAACAGAGUGCUCUGUGUCUUCCCGCCCUCUGUGGAAGGGGGACUGGGGCCAGAAUCCAGACUCCAGGCUCCCCCCACCAUACUGCCUGCAGGGCUCGGCCUCAGUCCCUUUUGUAUUUACUAGAAACUGGCAUGCAACAGACACUGGUUGGGUGGAUGGGUGGAUUUAAGAUUUUAGAUAUUAAUACCACACUCCAGAUAGAACCAUCUUCACCGGCAUGGUUUAUACAACACUUGCACUCUGCGAUGAGGCCCAAGUUCUGGCCUUGGAGGGUAGGGAAGGAUGGCCGAACGUACUGCUGUGGAUGUGCUGCUCAAUGCUUCAGGAUUGUACAUUUGAAGAUGGUUAAAACUGUAAAUGUACACUAUGUAUAUUUUCCUGUGAUACAUUUUUUGAACAACCUCUUUCACAAU